GAGGAGGGAGGUGCACACUGCAACAUCGCCUGUGCUGUGUGUGUGUGUAUGUGUGUGUGUAUCGUGCUUUUCGCGACAACAUUUUACACCCGUCAGAAAUACAGCGAGAUUUUUUUUAACUGGGUCAGAGCAUAGACGUAUUGCAGUCUUGGUUUUCUGGGCAACAUUUGUUUGAACAAACCACACUUUCGCACAGCUUUUGACAUUUACAUGUAUAUUCUCUUUCUGCGAGUCGUUUUCGAUGGGAACAUGGCAAUUGAUCGAGCGUCUAGUAUUUGUGAGUAUGAUUCGGAUAGCGGGCAAUAAGCUGGCUUAGGUAGGUGAAAACAGUAUGCGUUAGCUUUUUUGUACUUUGAUGGACUGGUAAUUCACAUGCACAUUUAAAUGAAUGGGAUUUCACUUAUUUAAAACAAAGUAAUACGGACCUAUUGGCACGUGUAAGUUAUGCUACUUCAUAAACACAUAUGUUGAUAUUUGGCUUUGAUUUUUAAGCGCGACUGUUAAUUGGUUUAUUUGAUGUAGCCUGGUUAAAUAUCCUACAUGUGUAUUUCUAAUCUUUAUAAUUGUGUAUGUAAUGGCGACAGUUAUAGGCUUAACUCGGCAUUUGACCCGUUCCUGGUUUUGUAUUUCAUCAGUAGCCUUUCAGCAGUUUUCCCCGUAAGAUUCGGUCAUAUUGAAUACAUUUAGGCUGCCGCUUGUCAGUUGAGGUGGUCGCUUGUGCGCGUGCACACGCACUCUCACUUACACGCAAACGCGCAUUCACUGGCGAACGGAUCAACACGCACGCUGAAUUUACACCAACCAAACCUCUUUUUGGGAUCGUCUCCCUCGCCAACUGUCAGCCGGUGCCAGAAGCUGAGCGGGCGGUGCAGCAGUGUGGGGAUGGCACCGUCAUUCAUUCCUUUAAUUGUCUUGCUGUUCCCACUGCUCACUGUGGCCACACACAAUACAACUGCAGGAGGCUGUGCCAUCAUCCGCCCUCCCAGAGAUGGAGGGAUCAGAUACAGAGGGCUGACACAAGAGCAGAUACGCAGCGUGCAGGUGUUGCCCGUGGACUAUGAGAUUGAGUACAUCUGUAGAGGAAACCGGGAGAUUGUGGGACCCAAGGUGAGGAAGUGUCUUCCCAACAACACCUGGACGGACCUCACCCAACGCAGCAGAUGUUUACUACAGUGCCCAAGAAAGUGGACUUCCCUGGAGAACGGGCGUGUGUCCGAGUGGCCCCCGGGUUCCCUGGUGGAGGGGACCGAGCUGCAGUACAGCUGUCUGCCGGGGUUUGUCAUGGUUGGCAGGAACUCCACACACUGCAACAACAUGGGGAACUGGGACUCCCCGAAACCUGUCUGCCACUACGACAGAAACUACAAAGGCAAGAAGAAGCUCUACAUCGGCGCUCUCUUCCCCAUGAGCGGAGGCUGGCCCGGGGGCCAAGCAUGCCUUCCUUCCGCUCAAAUGGCCCUGGACUUGGUGAACAAGAGAACGGAUAUACUGCCGGACUACGAACUGGAAUUGAUACACUAUGAUAGCAUGUGUGACCCAGGCGAAGCCACUAAGUUGCUGUAUGACCUGCUCUACACAGAACCCAUCAAGAUCGUCCUGAUGCCUGGCUGCAGCUCUGUAUCCACCCUGGUGGCUGAGGCUGCUCGCAUGUGGAAUCUCAUAGUGUUAUCCUAUGGGUCCAGUUCUCCAGCUCUCUCCAACCGCCAGCGUUUCCCAACAUUCUUCCGCACCCACCCGUCAGCAACCCUACACAACCCCACCAGGGUGCAGCUUUUCCAGAAGUGGAAAUGGACCAAGAUCGCCACCAUCCAGCAGACCACGGAGGUCUUCACUUCAACGCUGGAUGAUCUGGAGGCGAGGACAAAAGAGGCAGGCAUCGAAAUCAGUGUUCGUCAGAGUUUCCUUACAGACCCCGCCCCGGCUGUCAAAAACCUCAAGCGGCAGGACGCCAGAAUCAUUGUGGGUCUCUUCUACGAGACGGAAGCCAGGAAAGUCUUCUGCGAGGUGUACAAGGAGAAGCUCUACGGGAAGAAGUACGUCUGGUUCCUGAUUGGCUGGUACGCGGACAACUGGUUCAAGAUCAAGGACCCGUCGAUCAACUGCACGGUGGAGCAGAUGGCAGAGGCGGUGGAGGGCCACGUUACCACGGAGAUAGUGAUGCUCAACCCCGAGACGGUCCGCGGGGCCUCCAACCUGACAUCACAGGAAUUUCUCAACCAGCUGAUGUCCAAGUUGGGAGGGAAGAACCCAGAGGAGACGGGGGGUUUUCAGGAGGCCCCCCUGGCCUACGAUGCCGUCUGGGCCUUGGCUCUGGCCCUCAACAAGACGGUGGGGCCCCUGAAUGCCAAGGGCCGCCGGCUGGAGGACUUCAACUACAACAACAGGGACAUCACGGCCGAAAUCUACCGCGCGCUCAACACCAGCUCUUUUGAAGGAGUGUCGGGUCACGUUGUGUUUGAUGCCCAGGGUUCUAGGAUGGCCUGGACACUCAUCGAGCAGCUACAAGGAGGAAGCUAUAAGAAGAUCGGCUACUACGACAGUACAAAAGGCAAUCUGUCCUGGUAUGGCAAUGACAAGUGGAUAGGUUCUGGCCCCCCAGCAGAUCAGACAGUGGUCAUAGAGGAGUUUCGGUACCUGUCACAGAAGCUCUUUGUUUCUGUGUCGGUGUUUGCUGGCCUGGGCAUCUUACUGGGAAUAGUUUGUCUCACGUUCAACAUCUACAACAGGAAUGUCAGGUACAUUCAGAACUCCCAGCCCUACUUGAACAACAUGACAGCGCUGGGCUGUAUGAUGUCUCUGGCCGCCGUCUUCCCUUUGGGACUGGACGGACACCACAUACACAGGAAGCAGUUCCCCGUUGUCUGCCAGUUCCGCCUGUGGCUUCUGGGCCUGGGGUUCAGCGUGGCUUAUGGCUCCAUGUUCACAAAGAUCUGGUGGGUCCACACCGUCUUCACCAAGAAGGAUGAAAAGAAGGACAAACGGAAGCACCUGGAGCCGUGGAAACUCUACGCCACUGUUGGGGUGCUGCUGGUCAUUGAUGUCCUGUCCCUCAUAAUCUGGCAGAUAGUGGAUCCACUGCACAUCACUGUGGAGAAGUUUGUGAGGGAAGCUCCCAAAGGAGACCUGGAUGUUCUGAUUCAACCUCUCCUCGAACACUGCAGCUCACAGAAGAUGAAUACUUGGCUUGGGGUGGUGUAUGGCUACAAGGGCUUGUUACUGCUCCUGGGUAUAUUCCUGGCUUAUGAGACCAAGUCCAUCUCCACCGAGAAGAUCAACGACCACCGAGCUGUGGGCAUGGCCAUCUAUAACGUCUCUGUGCUGUGCAUGAUCACGGCCCCCGUCACCAUGAUCCUGUCGUCACAGCAGGACGCCUCGUUCGCCUUCGCCUCCCUGGCCAUCGUCUUCUCUGUCUACAUCACCCUGGUGGUGCUGUUCGUUCCCAAGAUGCGUCGGCUGAUCACUCGAGGGGAGUGGCAGUCUGACACCCAGGAGACGAUGAAGACCCAGGGCUCGUCCACCAACAACAACGACGAAGAGAAGUCCAGACAGCUGGAGAGGGAGAACCAGGAACUCCAGAAGAUCAUCCAGGAGAAAGAGGAGAGGGUGUCAGAGCUUCGGAACCAGCUGGUGGAGCGCCAGGCCCUUCGCUCCCGGAGACGACCCUCCGCGGCCAACCAGAACAACAGCACCCCCCUGCUGCCCAUCCCCUCCAACAACGAUCCCAAAUCCCUCGUCCCCCCUCCAGGGUACCCGAACCCCGCGUCGGACAACCACUCGCUCCCCCCGUCCUUCUCCAACUCCUCCAACCUCUACCAGCCCGACGGGAAGAUCAACAGGAACAAUUGUCACACCAGCCGGUUACAGCUGCUCUAUAAGUGAAGUGCGGGACGAGUGCGUCGACUGGGGGGAGGGGGGGGUUGGUGGAUGAGUGGAUGGAUGAGGGAUGGGCUAAGAGACGGGAGUGUGUGGUCUGGGUGCGGGUUGAUCGCAAAUGUGCAAUAGAGUAUGUAAAGGAUUAUGAGUGAUAGAGAGUAUAAUUAGUGAACAACAGAAGGAAAGGCAGGGCCAGGGGUGUGGCCAGGGGUGUGGCCAGGGGUGUGGCCAGGGGUGUGGCCGGGUAGGACUGGGGGUGAGGGAGUGUCUAGCUAACCUUGGGGCAAUACUGCAAAUCAAACUGCAUAUAGGCAGAUCAGUUUCACCUCCACCUCACUUUCUACCUCCCCCUCUCGAUCUCCCAACUUCAGUCUCUCCCCUCCUCUGGUCUCCAGUCAGGGAAGUCCUACAAUAUUACUAACUAAUUCAGUCUUUCAUUUCUAAAUCAUACCGUCCUGCUCUGACCUCCGAACGUGACACACAAAACCAUCUGGAAUUAGUAGAUAUUUGGUCUAGUGAGGUCCAAAAGACUCUAAUCUAAUUUAUCGUUUGAUAUGACACAUCUUUAUUUUAUGUGGAUGAUAAUGCCUGGGAGAAACCAGAUACUACGAUGGAGCGUCUUUUACACUUAGGACUGGUUUCACAGACACCGAUUGAGUCUUGGACUAAAACACCAAGGUCAAUAGAGACCUUGAAGGGCUUUAGUCUGUGCCCCUGAAACUCCUCGUUGAGGUCCUAAGGCGAGAGCGCCUCUGACUUUCAAGGCUCUAAGACGAGCGACUGAUUGUACGGAGACAGAUGAGCCAAGAACACCUUCACCUGAUCCAGAUGUCCGUACGAUGUACGCCAAAAUAUUUUUUUCAUCCCACGUAAAGUGACUGUCUAUUCAUUAUUUUUAAACCAUUUUAAAUUAUUAAUUUUAUAAUAAUCCUAUUACCCUUUGUUCAAAGAGAUAGCUUUUGACUUUAACGUCAUUUCUGUCGAUUUCCCCUCGCUGGGUACGAUAACCUGAGGUCCUUCCAGACUGUCUCCUGCUGUAUGCUGAUAAUUGGGGUCUGUUCCAUCUGCUGUGUAAUAGUUUUGUGGGCUGCAGGUCAGGUCAGGUCUGGUCAGGGUGCAGAUGAGGCCUUUUUUAUUUUUCUAGAAAGUAUGUAAAUUAUGCUGAUUGCCUGAAACAUGACUGGCACUGUUGUUCUAAUGCAAACCACGGCUGUCGCCGAAAGAGAUUUCACACACAAGAUGGAAAGAGAAGUGUCCAGAAAUCCAAACAAAAAAUACCUAUCCAGUUUACUGCAGAAGACAGGCAGCAGGCUGGACCCAUGGAACUGGCAGUAUGACACUAAGCCAUCAGUCACAUUAUUGCCCUUUCUGAACGUUUAUUUUAUGUACCCUUUAUCAAGUUCAAUAAGAAAUACGGCAAAAUUUAUUAUUUCUAAAGUGCAUUUUACACACAGACUAAUUUCAGUCCAAAUUAAAUAGUUACAGGAAACAUGAAUGAGAAGUAAAUGAUGUCCCACUGAGAAAUACUCAGUUUUACAAGGGAAACCCAGUAGCAAGUAAACCAUUACAACAUUUAAAGUGAGUUUUUUAUUCAGUAAUUUCAGAUCAGAGAGCUUGGAGGAGGUAGUAUGCAAAUUGUUAAACCUAAUAUUGAUGCAUUGGAUGUCAGUUUGAGCCUGAAUUAGAAAGAGGAACUCCCAGAAUGCACUGAACUAUUCAAACAGACUUACAAAUAAAAUGUAUCCCAAAUCACACCCUAAUUCAUAUUUAGGGAACUACUUUUGACCUGGGGAGCUAUUUAAGCACUGUGCUUACUUAGUCUCAUGGGUGUUUCUGCUUUGUGGUUUAAUGUUUCUGUUCUCUUAGUGCUAUGCUACUUCCUAACAGACAUACAGGAUCACAUUCAGGGUGGCAAACGUGUUUGGACAGCUUAGCAUUAUGUAAACCAAUCAUGUAUCAUUAGUAAUGAUUAGUAGUAGUUUGCAUAUUCCUUCCAAUGCAAUGACUGCCUGAAUUCUGCAACCCAUAGACAUCAGAUGAUGGGCAUCUUCCCCGCUGAUGCUCUGUGAGGCCUGCAUACAUUUCCCGUUGUUUCAGGGUCAUAUCCGAGCAGACAAGGUGUUUCGGUACCCUGCUAUAAUCACCAGUCCCACCUUCAAUAAAAAAAAAAAAAUCACCAGUUUCAGUUGCAGACCGCAACACCUCCUCCGCCAUGUUUAACAGGUACGGUGGUAUACUUUGGGCAAAUUAGCUUUGUCUCAUCUGCCAAUAGGACUUCACUAAGUAUUUUUUCUUAAUGUACCGAACAGAUUUUAGCACACCAAAUGUUUUGGCCAUUGCUCUGAUCAGUUUGUUAUGAUUUAUUAUCUGCCUCAUGUAGGCUAGCUUGACUUGCACUGAAACAAUUCUUCAGUCCCCAUGUUGUCAGACAGCAGCAGAUGACAACUUCUGCUUAAUAUGCAAACAGUUGUGUAACCAACUGUCCAAAUACUUUUGCACUCUACAUUGGGGGGGAAUAUGUUCAAAACAUGUUAUACUUCCUAAAUAGUUAAUCUGAUAUGGAGGAAAAUAUCUUAAAAUGUAAACUACUUUUACCCCGUAGUAUAAUAAUAAUUGUUACUAUCUGAAAGCUUUUUCCUGUUGGUCUUUUUUUCUCUGUGGUCCAGAGAUAGUGCCACCAAAGCACAAACCACAAACUUGGUUUCGGGCACCUUUCUCUUUUCCGGUUUCAAAUGAAAGUAUCUGUCAGCUAAGUGUGGUUGAAUCAUUGCUACGUGCAAUAGGCUCUGGGUUAACUCUGGGUUCUGUAAAACCAGAGGGUUGGACGGGUUUGAUUGGGGCGGGGGGGCGAAACAGAGAAAGUGAAACUGGUUUGACAAGAUUAUCAGUAUUGGGAUGUUGAGAAAAAGACAGGCAUGCAAUGUUUUGGCCCAUACAAUAGAAUACCUUUUAUUUUCAGAAAGUAAAAAAAUAACGUUUUCCCCCCAUAUAUAAUUUCGGACUUUUCAAUCUACCAGAUGUAAUAUGUCCUCAUAAACAUGUACGCGGUAAAUUAUCCAGUGAUAAAUUAACACAGUAUUAAAGUGGUUCCAUAUCAACACGGUUAAAUCUUGAUUGUUAAACAUUUAUUACCAUGGAUGCUUGAUUAACUAAAAACAAUAAAUCCAUGGGUGAUGACAAAAACACACAGGGCACUCUGGGAAAUAAGGUUUAACAGUGUUUAUUUAUAAUCGCUUUUAACACUCAAUAUUAACAUUUAACACUGGUCCUGUGUGUGUUUUUAUCUAGUUUUAACACUCAGAGUGUUUAGCACUUGGGAAAUUGCUGUGUAAUGGAAACUGGGUUAGGAAUAGUAUGACCUUCAGUCCUUGACCUUCCUUAAGGCCCAGAAUGCUAGCCUUGGCCUUGCUUAACCUUUGAACUAAUGUUUAUUCUCUUGCCUCUGGUACGGUAGCUCAGCUUGUUCAUGACUGCGCUGUGAGUUAUCAUAAGCACUUAUGAAUGUCAGAGUAGUGCUUAUGAAGCUAUAGCGCGUUACCGUGAGAACAUUGUACAAUGCCGCAGUCCUCAUGUCAGAUCUUUUGUUUACAAUCCUUCGUGGUGUACAUCUGUACAUAAUAUUGUCAGUAUUCUGUAUGUAAAUGUAAAGCGAUCUCUGUGUAGUCAAAAUACAGUAAUGAUACCAGUGAUGUUUAUAUGACAUGAGGACAUGCACAUUAUUGACGGUGUGAAUUAUUAUUAUUAUUAUUAUUAUUUAUCUUGCACAUAUAUGCGUACGGUAUUCCUGUCCGGGUAUUUGCAUUGUAUUUAUUAAUAGCUGUGUGGAUGGUUGACACUUGAGAUGAUGUAAAAUGCAACAGGAAUGAUUACAUGAAAAAAUAAAGUAAUCGUUCUUUAUACAGAAUAUGCGUUUUUCCUCA